AAGCACCCCCUAGUCACCAGAUCCGCUCUCAACCCGAGUGCAAUCAAGGUGGCCGAGAGCCGCGACACGUGGAAGUCGCUCACCCUCUUUGGAUCCCUCAUGAUGGCCAACGAUCCACUGACUGAAGGCCCUGAUCCAAACUCCAAGCUGGUGGGCUGGGCCCAAGGGCUUUACGGGUCCGCCUCGCAGCACGAUAUCGGUUUGAUCAUGGCCCUGAGCUUCGGCUUCGUGGAUGGGGACUACAGCAGGAGCUCCGUCAGCGUUCUAGGGAGGAACUCUGCAGCUAGCAGGGUGAGGGAGAUGUCGGUCGUCGGCGGGACCAGGGUUUUCAGGCUGGCGAGAGGUUAUGCGGUGGCGGAGACUUAUUGGCUCAAUGUCCUCACUGGAGAUGCAAUAGUUCACUACAAUGUUACAGUCGUUCAUUACUGA